UGACAGUUCACUCAAAACAGGUGUUUAUAGUUUUGUAAUCGUAGAAAAAACACAAAAUCGAAAUUUUUAUUAAUUUUUAAGAAAAAUCAUAUAAUUUUCAAAGAAAAUAUGGCUUUAACACAAAGAUUUUUGAAAGAAAUAAUAGGCAAAACUGUCAAGCUGCCGGUUACGGCACGUUUUUCAAGUUUCUUGUCUUCGGAAAAAGUACGUCCCUUGGAAGAAUAUCCCGAAGUGGAAGUCUUAAAAAAUCCACCAGAAUGGAAAUAUGUGGAACGUUUACUACCCAAGAAAGUAGUGCCCAAAAUUGAACCAAAGGCAGAAUAUCCUUCCGGUUGGAAACCCCCAUCAGUUGGCUUACACAAUAUAGAUAAAGUGGAAUAUUUUGUAGCACGUUCCAGAAAUCAUAUGAUACCCGUUUACUUAGAAGUCACCUACCGUGGUCAGCGCAGAGUAACAGUGGUUAAACAUGUGCAAGGUAAUAUUUGGCAAUUGGAAAAAGAAUUGCGCCAAUUGGUGGAAAAGGCACGCGAUGGAAAAUUAUGUGCCACACGUGUCAACGAAAUGAGUGGACAAGUGCGUAUACAUGGCGAUUAUGUGGAUAUUGUAAGAGAAUAUUUGAAAUCUAAGGGCUAUUAGACAAUAAAGUGUUAUUGUUAUUUCAUGUUAAAUUUUUCCAUUAAAUCAUAA